AUGACCCGUGGAGAUAGUCUUAUUGAUGAUUUAAAGCUCUUAAUUAACAAUCCUCAAUAUAGUGACUUGGAAAUUAAAUGUAAAGAUGGCACCAUUCUCUAUGGCAACUGUGCAAUUCUUGCGACCCGUUCUGAAGUAUUUGAUAGGAUGCUCUUUACUCGAACAAGCGAAACCCUUGAUAAACAUAAACAAGUAUCUUUUCCAAAAAUUGAAACACCGAUCAUGAAGAUUAUUCUCGAGUAUUUGUAUACUGGGUCGGUUUCUGAUGGAACCUUGUCAGCAGAAAAUUCAUUCGAAACUUUAAACGCAGCAGAUUUUUUUCAAUUAACGAAUCUUCAAGAACAUAUUUCAGAAUUUUACAAAAAAGAAAGUCAGAAAGAAGGAAUCGAUAACAAAUCUCCCGAAUUAUUAUCAAAAGCAGUUCAACUUAUGUCUUCGUCAGCUGAUAAUGGAAUUAUUGAUUUUCUAGUGGACUCUGUUUCUAGGCUUCCACUGGACACUAUUGAACCAGAUCGAUUAUCUUUCCAAGCAUUACAAUGUCUACUAUCCAAGUCAAAUGAAGAAAAUAAAGAAUUUGCUACUAGCGAAUAUUCAUUACUGCGGAUUGCGAUUUUAUUAGCUGCGAAGAAAGUAUCAAAAGAAGCUGUAACUACAUUAGAGAAAAGACUACCGAUAUGGGAUAAAGUCAAAGAUGAGAUUGAUUUCAAUAACAAUGACAUAUCUGACAUAAAGAAUAUCUGCGCUUCUACUGCUGAUUAUUUAAUACCUUUCCUCGAAUUUAUUGACCUUCGACGUAUCGAUGGAAAAAUCCUCACCAGUAUCAUCGAACCGUUAGAUUUAAUUCCUUCUGAGAAUCUAAUGUCAGCUUACCGGUUCUAUGCUUCCGAGAGAAAAUCCUCUUCUCCUUUUCGCGGUAUCAAUCAUUGCAAAUGGGACAAGAAUGGCUGUGGUCCAGAUUUAGAA